UGAACUCCGGAGGUUCUGGGACCGAGAAAUGUGUUAGGUAAGGUGUUUUUAAUGCCGCGUGAAGGGGCAACUCCGAGAUCGAAGAGAAGCUCCUUGACUUCGGAGCAGGACGACCCUGCAAGAACAUGUGCAGUAAUGUCAACUCAAAAGAGAAUUAAGAAUUCUCAGACAUCAAGAACUUCACAACAUAAUAAUAGUUAUCAGACUAAUCUCUUGGCUUGGAAACUGAACGAGGACCUAAGCAACCCAAAGAGCAUCUCAAAACAUGGACAAAACAGUCCAGUGGAAGAUUCUGAACAAGGUGAUGAGCAAGCAGAAGAUGCUCUGCAAAUAGCAGUAAGAUACUUUGAGAAAGGUCCCUUUAAAACUUCACGGAGUAAAGAUAACACCUUGGAAAAACACUUGAAAACUGUGGAAAGUAUGGCUUGGAAGAAUGGUUUAGCUCCAGAAGAAAUUGACAUUCUGUUAAAUGUGGCACUCAGUGGCAAAUUUGGGAGUGCUGUAAACUCUCGGAUAUUGAGAUGCAUGAUUCCAGCAACUCUCAUAUCAGAAGAUUCUGUGGUUAAGGCCGUCUCCUGGCUUUGUGUUGGCAAGUGUUGUGGUAGCACCAAGGUACUUUUUUAUCGUUGGCUGGUUGCAAUGUUUGACUUCAUUGAUCACAAGGAGAAAAUUAACUUGCUCUAUGGCUUCUUUUUUGCUUCAUUGCAAGAUGAUACACUGUGCCCUUAUGUCUGCCAUUUCUUAUAUUUACUUACCAAAAAAGAGAAUGUCAAGCCAUUUCGUGUGAGAAAACUGCUUGAUCUUCAGGCAAAAAUGGGAAGGCAGCCUUAUCUCCAUGCUUUGCUGUCGCUGUAUAAGUUCUUCGUUCCCACUUUGAUUUCUGUAUCAUUGCCUAUGAAGAAGAUCUAUUUUAAGAAUCCAGAGAAUUUGUGGAAGACAGCUCUAGUUGCUGUGAGGCAAAGGAAUCAGGAACCUUCUCCAGAACCUCUGAAGCUGAUUUUAGGUGCAGCUACUGUCCGUCCUAGUAAAAGAAAAUGGGAUUCUCAUUCACUUAUACCAGUGCUACAUUCCAAUAUCCAAAGUAAAGAAUAUGGAAAAAAAGGGAUGAGUCUUUCUGAUUAUCUCAGUAGGAAUAGAGCAUUUUCAGCAGAACAGCUUAAAAGCUUCCCUCAACUCUUACAGAACAUUCAUUGCUUAGAGCUGCCUUCUCAGAUGGGUGCAGUGCUAAACAACUCUUUGCUACUUCACUAUAUUAACUGUAUCAGAGAUGAAUCACUUUUACUGAGGCUCUAUCAUUGGUUGAGUCAAACGUUACAAGAAGAAUGUAUUUGGUACAAGGUGAAUAAUUAUGAAUGUGAAAAAGAAUUUACCAACUUCCUGGACACUAUCAUCAAGGCAGAGUGCUUCUUACAAGAGGGUUUUUAUUCCUGUGAAGCAUUCCUGUAUAAGAGCCUUCCUCUCUGGGAUGGCUUCUGUUGUCGAUCACAGUUCCUUCAACUUGUGAGCUGGUUUCCUUUUAGCAGCUUCUCUGAGGUGAAGCCAUUUAUAUUUGAUCGUCUGGCACAGCUCUUUUUUACAUCAACCAUUUAUUUCAAGUGUAGUGUUCUUGAGAACCUGAAAGAGCUACUGCAGAAUUGGCUGUUGUGGCUUUCUAUGGACAUCCACAUGAAAACUGUGACGGACAGUUCCCUAGAGACAACUUUCAGUGGAUCCAUGCAGUCUGUGUCUGAACUAAUUAACUAUGUAGGGUGGCUGUCCAUUAAUGGAUUGCGCUUGGAAAGCAAUAGUACUUUCUUGCUGCACUUUGUUUUGGAUUUCUAUGAAAAGGUGUGUGACAUAUAUAUGAAUUAUAACCUUCCAUUAGUGGUGUUGUUUCCUCCUGGGAUCUUCUAUAUUGCACUCCUCAGUCUGGAUUCCAGUAUCCUGAACCAGCUCUGUUACAUUAUGCACAGAUACCGUAAUAAUUUGACAGCUGCAAAGAAAAAUGAGUUGAUACUAAAGAAAAAAUCAGAGUUCAUAUUCAGCAGCAAGACCUGUCAAGAAUAUAAUCGCUAUUUGACAGCCAUGGUUGGGUGCCUGUGGACAUCCAAACCCUUCCAGAAAGGAUCAUAUUUUGAUCCUGAAGUCUUUAAAGUAAUUGGAAUAGCAAAGUAUAAAACCAGUUUAAAUUUAGUCCAUCACCCUGCUCUAUUGAGUUAUGCUAUUUCCUUUUUGCUAAAGGAAUACCCAGAAGAAAGGAGAGUAAACGUGAGCUCCAUUCGGGGAAAGAAAUGGAAUGAAUAUUUGGACUAUUUAUUUUCAGAGGGCUUACAAGGCUUGAAACUUUUCAUAAGAAGUAGUAUUCGUCAUUCUUCUGUCCCCUGAUCACACAGCAUAAACUCCAUGAUCAACAUGAAAUGAAUGCUGACAGAACAAACCAAGCAUACUGGACCCAAUUCCUUCCUCGUUGCCAGAGAGGCCAAGUGGCUCACUUUGAGUUUCCAUAUACUUUUUACUAACACACUGUCAUCCUCAGGUAGUGCUUGGAUUGGCCUUUGAUUAUGGCUCAGGAGAGCUUUGAUGUGGCUAGCUUUGUUUUUCGGGGUCUAGAUUCUAAUGCACUAGCGAAAAAUGAUUUAAUCAUCAGACUCUACCUUUCACCAAAUUAAAUAUAUAAAGAGAUAUAUCCAUUAUGCGGUGGGCCUUUUCACAUUCUUGUGGAGUAUAAGCUGUCUUGAUGGAUGACAGAGGUAAUAUACAGUAGCAAUUAAGCCACAGGCAUACUUAUGCAAAAUACUCUGCUGUCUCUGUGAAACCUCCAUGGAUACUGCCAUUUUUCUGACUGUGAACAAUAGCGCCAACACCAAGUUAAUAAGUAGUUGGCUGAUUUCUUGGUUUUCACUGGUAGAAACUUGAUGAGAAGGAAGGAGAAAAUCAUGGGAUAAUCAAGACAUUCCUGCUUAAUACGGGUUUGAUUUCAUGAAACUGCUCUAGUUUGUGUGAAUAUAUGUAUAUAACCAUUUUUAAGUGUUUAGGCAAUGCUAUUUUCAGGAAUAAUUCUGAAGCCUUUUUAAAAACUUUAUAAUAGCUAGAAUAUCUUGCUGAAAAUUUACUUUAAAUUUUGCUUCAGUGCUAUGGAAUAACUCUCUCUUUUAAUAAAAUUCAUAUCAUGGGAGAGAAAUCAAGUGGAAUUUUUUUAUUUUAGGGCACAUUUUUAUGGUUCUUUUAAAGCAAAAUUCUAAACUAUAUUACUGGGUAAUGUUUAGAAUCUCACUUAUCAGUUAAUUUUUUUGAUUCAGUACAUGUUUACUGAGCAUAUUGUGUGCCAGGUAUUCUGUGUGCUGAUUAUAACAGCUGUGACCAAUACAAAAUACUGGCUUUUGUGGAAUUUAGUAUAUCCCAUUGGAGAAGACAGACAAUAAAACAGUAAAUAAAUAUAUAAAAUCGGUUGCUAUGAAGAAAAAGGGAAUAGAAACAGAAUGUUGAGCGGAUUACUAUUUUAGAUAAGGUGGUUAGAGAAGACCUGUUUGAGAAGUGACAUAUGCAGAGGCCCUAAUGAAAUAAGUGUAUGAGCCAUGUGAAUAUUUGGGAAAAGCAUUCUGGGCAGAGGUAAAGGCAAGUGAAAAGGCUUAAAAAUGUUAACUUUCUUGGCCUGUUUGAAGAACAAUAGAGAAGCUAGUGAGAU